UUUAGUGGCGAGGACACAGAAACACCAGUUGUUUACCAUGAUUUUUGACAGUCUCUGUGCUAAAAGUCCCAUAUUCAGGGAAGAAAGCGUUUGGGAUUCGGAUUAAACAGCGUUUGCGCAGCUCCAUCCGAUGAUUUGAUGUAGACUGUGAUCGGCGGCUCAUGCGUGCAGUAGACAAGACGAUCGACCGCGCGAGAUACAGGCUAUUUAGACAUGUAGAGGAGCUGCGUUUGCAGGAUUGCGAUAAAACACGUCCGUGAAGAGGAGUAAAAUUCAGCUACAGCUCGGAGUCCAUGUGGGCUUUUUAGAGAAAUCCGAGAAACACUGACGUUUAAGUUGCAUGGGGCUAUUUUCUUCUCUGCGAGCGGUUCUCCUGCACAGUCCUCUUGUUUUCACUAAUUCUGAUAUAAUCAAGACAAGCAAGACUUACUCCAAAGCAUAUGAGAAUACCAUCUUUCUUUGCAAAAAGGAAAAGGUGAAAGUUGGAACCUGCUUGGUCAAUCGUUUAAGAUGUUAUUAUAGGAAAGACUGUGGCAGGGAGUACAUGUUAAUGAAACUGAUUUGUUCAGUGAGCUCAAACCAGAGCAGUCAUGCUCCUGAGUACCCAGACUGCCAAGAAGGGGGAAAUGAAGCCAGUCUGCUGGUGUCCCCUCUGGUGGUGGCUGGCAUCGUCAUCGGCCUGGUGCUCUUCCUGUCCUGCGUCACCAUCAUUGUGGGUAGUCUCCGCAAGGACAGUCGACUGCGCAACCCACAUCUGCGUGCCAGCUACGCUCCAGAUGGCCUCUCAUAUGGUGGCUCCAUUGGAGAGCUGAGGUCCACUUGUGUUGAGGAUUUUCCCCCUGCUUUUGACUUUGACUCAUAUGUGGAGACUCUGUCUCAAGUCAACGUCAUGUAUCCAGAUUCCCCACCUCAUUAUGAUGAGUGCGUGGGACAAGGGACGCAGAUAUAUGUACCUACAGACGAUCCACCACCCUACUCCCUCACAGACCCGUGUCGGGAUCAGCACAUGGAGGAUCUCCCCGCUGGUGCGUCCUGGGUGUCCGCCAGUGGCUCGUCCCGUUACCCGAGCAGACUACAGAACUUCAGGCACCAGCCGGUGGCCUCCAUCUCUUUAUCAGCCUUACCUUUAGACGAGGCGCCACCAUACGAGACAGUAAUGAGUGAACAAAACCAGCCUCUUCCCCUGAUGCCCCUGGAUCUGCUCAAACACACAACAGUGGACAGCAGUGCUCAGGACAGCGUUUCCCACCGGAUCCUGUAAUAACCCCAGCACACUCAUGCAUACCCUGUUAACCAAAACCAGCUUUGAGAGGAACUUCUAUGUGUGGCUGAGCGUCCAGAGCUGAAGAUAGCCACUUUACCUCUCUCUGCGGCCCACACAGACACUGCACCUCCUGCUUGACCUGACACAGCCGGAGCACAGGGCUAUCGACCACCCUUUUGUGUGCAUUACCUCACGUUGUCUUUUGGCUUGUGGUGUAAUUAGAUGUUAAAUGUGUGUCUUUUCUUAUUAUUAGACAUGGAGUGCGGUCACAUUUACUGGUGCUGGCAAAAUUUUGCAGGUAAAACUCACUUCAGUGUGAUUGGUAGUUUUGCGUGAGGGCAAAGUGUGAUGCUGCAACACCAAAGGCUGCACUUUCAGUUCUAGGACCAUUUUCUGCACUUGUUACUUGGUUUGAACACCUUUUAAGAGUUCACAUUUAGCUGAUGAUUGAUUAUAUAGCUUGUUUGGCAUGCUAUCCCAGGAGAGGGCCCUGAGCUCAUAAGAUACUUGAGCCCGGGGCUCCCGCCUAAUUGCAGGGUGAGAGGCGAGUUUGAGCUUAGGUAGGUCUCGAGAACUCCCCUGCUUAUUUAUGGCUAAUGACAAAUUAGGGAUUGCUAUGGAGAUACAUCCUGCUGAUUGAGAACUUAUCUGUGGUGCCAAUUUUGGUUUAGUCAAUUCAUUUAUGUCGCAUGUCUUUGGAUGGUGAGAGAAAACCGGGGAACAUGUAACAUGUAAACUCCACACAGAAAUGUCGACUGGCCUGGUAAGGACUUGAACCGGUGACAUUCUUGCUGUGAGGCAAUAGUGCUUACCACUGGGCCCGCCUUAUCUUGGAAAAUGGGGAGGAAUAGGGGUGGAAGUGGAGGAUUCUUCAAGGUUAAGAUAACUGAGGUAUGAAACUCUGGUUAUUCAUAGUGAUUUAGGAAUCGUCUGAUUGGCGAAUCAUGCGUUAGUUAAUGCAGGACCAGCUGUGGUCAAUCAUAAGCAUGUGCUCCACUCGAAAUUUGUUUAUAAAUAAACUUCACUUAGUUGCUAAGUUGACAAGCAUUCUGUCAGUGGUAACUUUGGAAUAUAAACUUCAACGUAAUAGGAUUUUGGACAAUUCUGUUUUCUGAAAUUAUUCAGGACAGAUAUAGAGUGUAGAUUUCGAAAAUACUUCAUGUUGAGCUUCAGACGUUCAACUCUAUGCUAUAAGCAUAUUUGAAACAUAUUAGCAACAUGCUAAUUCAUGCUAGACACAUUAUAAACAUGCCACUAACAUGCUAGCAUCAUGUUCAUUUAUGGCAAUGUCAGCCCUGUGCUAAAAUCUGCUUGAAAGAAGUUAGCGAUGUGCUAAUCAAUGUUAGCAAUAUGCUAAAUAUGUUAUGGCGGAUGACAAGGUGGCUUAGUGGUUAGUAUUUUCACCUCACAGCAAGAAGGUCACUGGUUUGAGUCCUGGCUAGGUCAUUUAGCAUUUCUGUGUGGAGUUUGCAUGUUCUCCCUGUGUCGGUUUGGGUUUCCUCCAGGUGCCCCAGUUUCCCCCACAGUUCAAAGACAUGCGCUAUAGGUGAAUUGAAUCAACUAAAUUGGCCGUAGUGUAUGUGUAUGGAUGUUUUCCAGUACUGGGUUGCAGCUGGAAGGGCAUCCGUUGUGUAAAACAUAUGCUGGAUAAUUUGGUGGUUUAUUCCACUGUGGCAACCCCUGAUGAAUAAAUUGACUAAGUUGAAGGAAAAGAAAUGAAUAAAUAUGUUAUGACGUUCACGUAGAUUUAUUAUGAUGGCUCAAGAAAAAUAAAAAAAACAAAUGUUAUUUGAGUCGUUUUGAAGAAACUUGCCUGAACGUAUUUAGGAGUGUGUAAAUAGUGAUGCAACACAAAUUUGUUUAUACUUUGGAUAUCAACAAGCUAAUCUAUGUUAGAAACAUUAUAAACAUGCCACUAACAUGCUAGCAACAUGGUAAUAACAGUGCUGUAAUAAGAAAUAUGGUCCUAGAAAUAUGGUUCUUGGGAUGCUGUCCAAUUGCCAAAUGCUGUCCGAGUAUUGCAGGAUUUGCCACUGUGGUUUGAAAGUGACUUUUGUGCGAUCUCCGCUUCACACUUCUCAUUGUUCUUAUCAAU